AUGACUUCUGCUAUUCCAGAAUCAUUACAAUCGUUUGUAACUAAUAAAUUCAUUCAUUCAACAUGGGCAGGUACUUUCUAUUGUAAACCACAAGCAAUUUUUCAACCAACCAAUUUGGAAGAAAUUAAAGAAUUAAUUAAUCAAGCAAGAUUAAAUAACAAAACAAUAAUGACAAUUGGUUCAGGUCAUUCCCCUAGUGAUUUAACCAUGACUAAAGAAUGGUUAUGUAAUUUAGAUAAUUUCAAUCAAAUCAUUAAUCAACAAGAAUUUUAUGGUCCUUGUAUUAAUAACCCCCUGGAGAAAGAAGUUAAAUUUGUUGAUUUGACUGUAGAAGCAGGUUGUAGAAUUUAUGAAUUAAAUGAAUACUUAAAAAAACAUCAAUUGGCUAUUCAAAACCUAGGUUCAAUUAGUGAACAAUCAAUCGCGGGAUUAAUCUCAACUGGUUCUCAUGGGUCCACUCAAUAUCAUUCAUUAUUAUCUCAACAAGUUGUCUCAAUAUCUUUCUUAAAUUCCCUGGGUAAACUAAUUAAUUGUUCUUCAAUUGAAAAUCCUCAUUAUUUUAAAGCUAUCUUAUUAUCAUUAGGUAAAAUUGGAAUCAUAACUCAUGUAACCCUUAGAACAAGACCAAAAUUCACCAUAAAAUCAAAACAAGAAAUUAUCAACUUUAACACCUUGAUUUCAAAUUGGGAUAAUAUUUGGUUAGAUUCGGAAUUUAUUAGAAUUUGGUGGUUUCCUUAUAGUGAUAAAUGUAUUUGUUGGAGAGGUAAUAAAUCAGAUGAACCAUUAUCAUCACCAAGACCUUCUUGGUAUGGUACAAAAUUCGGUCGAUUCUUUUAUGAAUCCUUACUUUGGAUUUCCGUCCACUUAUGGCCUCGUCUAACCCCAUUAGUUGAACGAUUCGUAUUCAAUCAACAAUAUGGAAAAGUCGAAACCCUUGGCCAAGGGCAAAUCGCCGUUCAGGAUUCAGUAGAGGGUUUAAAUAUGGAUUGUCUCUUUUCACAAUUUGUCAAUGAAUGGUCAGCUCCAUUAAUCCAUGGUCCAGAAAUCUUAUCCAAACUUAAAUCCUCAAUCGUUGCCGCCUCCAAAUCGGGGCAAUUUUUCGUUCAUGCACCAAUUGAAGUCAGAUGUUCAAACAUGACAGUCUCAAACCUGGCCUUCAUCAACGACGAAGGGAAUCCAUCCCUAUACCCUCCUCAAUCUUGGCUCGCUACUAAGGACCGUCUAACUGCCGGUCCUAUCCCCGGAAAUAACCUCCGUCCAUAUUUAGACAAUUCCCCCGUGCUUCCAUAUAUUGAAACAGACCAGCCUACGAAUGAAGCAUUGUCAUUAUUCAUAAAUGCAACGAUGUAUAGACCAUUCCGCACGAAUGUAGAGACUCAUGAGUGGUUUAAGAUCUUUGAAGAAACUUUGGCGGACGUGGGUGGAAAACCCCAUUGGGCCAAGAAUUUCAUUGGGACUAAAGCGGUAGAAGGGGGUGAUUUGGAGGAACAGUUGGGAUAUGGCGGGAAGGAGUUUUAUUCUAUGAGUGGGUUUGAUAUGAGGGGGUGGUUUGGUGAGGAUUUGGUGAGUUUUAAUAAGGUGAGGAGGGAGACUGACCCGCAUGGGGUUUUCUUGAGUGGGAAGGGGUGGUUAGAAAGAAAUGGUUUACUCUUAGAGGAUGUGUAA